AUGGACUUAGCGCAAUUUGAAAAGGAAAUAGCACCAAAGACAUUCGUUAACGGGCACAUAUACACCACAGAGGAUUUGGAAAUGUACAAGAAGCUGCACCCAUCGAUUACACAAUUACAAGGAGCACAACUCCACGCUCUCCCAAACACAGUGAGAUACUUCUCUCUCCUCCAGAACCUCCCACCCGCGCGCAAAUUGGGCCUUGGACAGGCUACAUUUGAUUUCACGACAUUCCCAACACCUGUGCGUGUUGCAGAGGCACCUAAGGAGAAGAAACCAAAGAAGGAAGCUGGCGGUGCUAAUGAGGGCGCUGCUGGAACUUCUAAGGCGGGUGCACAGGGUGCUGCUGCUGAAGGCAAAAAGGAAAAGGCUGAGAAGCCAAAGAAGGAAAAGGCCGCUCCUGCUCCUGCAGCCCCUGUACAACCACCAAGCCCUCACAUGAUUGAUCUGCGUGUUGGUAAGAUUGUCAAGGUGGACAAACACCCAGAUGCUGAUAGCUUGUACGUCGAGCAGAUCGAUCUCGGCACGGAAACCAGAACCGUUGUAUCUGGAUUGGUCAAGUAUGUGCCUAUUGAAGAAAUGCAAGACAAGAUGAUAGUUGCAAUCUGCAACCUCAAGCCAGCUUCUAUGAGAGGUAUCAAGUCAUUUGCCAUGGUUCUUUGCGCCACUUCCUCAGACGGCAAGGAUGGCGGUGUUGAGUUUGUCAAUCCACCAGAAGGUAGUGCGCCAGGUGAUAGGAUCUACUUUGAAGGAUAUGAGGAAGGCCAACCAGAAAGUCAACUCAAUCCAAAGAAAAAGGUGUUUGAGACCAUUCAACCAGGAUUCAGAACACUCGAUACACUCGAAGCUUGCUGGAUCAAUCCAGAGAACAGCAAGCCACACCUUAUCAAGACGGACAAGGGUGUUUGUAGGGCUGGAAGAUUUGCGAAUGCGACUUUAUCAUAA